ACGUAGCAUUGUUGGCCUCAGUUGCCUCGGCUUACAACUGGAUAUAAAACUAGAUUUUGAUCAUACAAACGCAUAGUCUUCUACUGUAACUGUAGCCUAGUGGACUCUAGUCUAGAUCUAAUUUAGAAUUGAUAUAGAUCUACAUAGGAUUCUAAAUCUACCAUCCGAGCCUAGAUUAAGUUGUUACUAUGGAGUCUUUAUUUGCACACAUUGACAGCAAGGCAGAAGUUUAUGUUGACAGACUUCGUGAAGCAGUGGCUAUACAGAGUGUCUCCGCCAUACCAGAGAAAAGGCCAGAAAUCAAACGCAUGGUGGAAUGGGCUGGAGAGUUCCUUAAAAGACUAGGUGGGACUGUUGAAUAUGCAGAUUUAGGUGACCAGACCCUACCAGAUGGAAGCAAGAUCCCCCUGCCUCCAGUACUCCUUGGUCAGCUAGGAAAUGACCAUAACAAGAAAACAUUGUUGGUGUAUGGCCACUUGGACGUACAACCGGCAGAUAAGAUUGAUGGCUGGGACACUGAGCCAUUUGAACUGACAGAAGUAGAUGGAAAACUUUACGGCCGUGGAUCUACAGAUGACAAGGGGCCAGUGCUUGGCUGGUUGAAUGUUAUUGAAGCAUUUCAACAACUGGGCAAAGAAAUCCCAGUUAAUUUCAAAUUUGUCUUUGAGGGUAUGGAAGAGUCAGGCUCAGAAGGGUUGGAUGAUUUGAUCGAGAAAAGAAAAAAUGAUUUCCUUAAGGGUGUGGACUAUGUAUGCAUCUCAGACAACUAUUGGCUUGGAAAGAACAAGCCAUGUUUGACUUAUGGACUGAGAGGCAUCUGUUAUUUCUUCCUAGAGGUGACCUGCGCUGACAAAGACCUACACUCAGGCAUCUAUGGGGGCACAGUGCAUGAGGCUAUGAAUGAUGUCAUCGCCAUUAUGUCAUCUCUCACAGAUGUCAAUCAUAAAAUACUCAUUCCUGGCAUCUAUGAUGACGUAGAGGAACUGACUGAUGCUGAACUGCAGACUUAUGAGCCCAUUGAUUUUGAUCAUGAAGACUACCAAAAAGACAUUGGUGCUAAGAAACUUCUGAAGUCAAAGAAACACGAGGUUUUAAUGGCCAGAUGGCGCUACCCAUCUCUCUCCCUUCAUGGUAUUGAAGGAGCUUUCAGUGGGCCAGGGGCCAAAACAGUGAUUCCAAGGAAAGUCAUUGGCAAGUUCUCCCUCCGUUUGGUGCCCCACCAAACACCAGACAAAAUUGAAGAGCUUGUCAAAGCCCACGUCAAUAAAGUCCAUGCAGAGCGAGGCAGCCCGAACCAUGUGGAGAUUUCCAUGGGACAUGGAGGCAAGCCUUGGGUUAGUGAUAUCAAUGACCCUAACUAUGUGGCUGCCAGAAAAGCUAUUAAAACAGUGUUUGGGGUUGAGCCAGAUCUGACUCGUGAAGGAGGCAGCAUUCCUGUCACUCUGACAUUUCAGGAGGCAACUGGCAAAAAUGUCAUCCUGCUUCCAAUGGGGGCCUGUGAUGAUGGAGCACAUUCCCAGAAUGAAAAGUUAAACAGAUCCAACUACAUCAAAGGGAUGAAAACAUUUGGAGCCUACAUUACUGAACUGGCGCAGUUAUAAAUCAAGCGCCUGCCACGCUGCUGCACAUGUUGUACAAAGUCACCCAUGGGACUGAUCAGUCUUUCAAUCAACUCAAUCAACUGCUAAAUAUCUUUUAAGGUGUUUACUUUUCUUGUUAUAUUUUGUUUCUUAUUCUGAAGUUGAUGAAAGAAAUGUUUACAAUACAAUUCAAAUUUUCAAUU